CACUAUGACAUCACAACACGCAGGGGGAGAGUCUGUGAGGUUGGGCACUGUGGGCGUGGUGGAACUCACAGGGUUCUGGGGGCUGAGUGCCACUGGCAAGCAAGCUCUUGGCUGUCUUCAGGAGCUCGUCUGCCCACACAGACGAACUCUUGCAGCUUGCAGAAGCUGUAAUUUCUCACCAGGAUGGCGCAGAGGAGGGCUCGUUCACCAGCACGGGUGUCUGCCCGGGCAGGGAGAACAGCUAGCCGCAGCAGGCAAAGUUGUUCGAAGGCUCGGGGCACCCAACGGCAGAGGUCUGCCCACCGCACUGCUGCGGAAAAUGAGGGGUUGCUCUGCAGGGUGGUAUCGGCCAUGGUCUUCCUGCAGAGGUGCAUUUGCUCAGGAAUUUCCACCAUGUGAGUACAGCACGUGCUCAGUAACAUCACAGGGACAAGAAGCGCGGAGCGCUCAGGGCAAGCGUGCUGCCUUCGGUGGGACCUCCAUGGUGGUACGGAUGCUGUGGACAGCGGGUGUGCCACAGCAUCUGAGAGAUGAACUGGCAAGCCUGGCUGCAGAGAUCGACGCUGUGAAGAAGGUGAUCCUGUACUUUGGGAAACAGGGCCGGGCCCUGUCUGGGCAGCUGGUGGGCUUUUGUGGCUCAGCCCACACACCCCAUCCGUUGCCAGGGGAUGCUGGUCAUGCUUCUCCACCGUAA